AUGUCAAAGUCAAUCAGUUGUUGCCUAUGCAAAAAGAGGUGUAAACCCAACAGCAGGAGGCGACUUCUUGACGAAAAACUGAAAAAAUACGCUAGUAAAUGUCUCACAAGACCCAUUGGAGACGAAGAAUAUAUUUGUGGCGCCUGUUUUAGUGUCUAUGCUAAAACGAAGACAGGGCAACCUAUUCAAAGAACAGGGAAUAGGCACGUGGAAAAUCCUCUGAACAGCCCGAAAAACGUAUUAUUGAAAUUACCGGUGUCAGCCCGUUCACACAAGACCUGUAUAGUCUGUAAGAAGAAUGCUACUACAAAAAAUAAAAUCAUUAGAAUUCCAUCUUCAGCUAUUGCUCAAGCUUUUGUUGAAAAGUUCAUUUUUGUAGACUUUAAGAACAGGUGCUGUGCCUCACAUCUUGAAAAUGGUCAUUUCACACAGGAAUCAUUAAAUGCCCUAAAAGAAAAUAAAUUGGCUGAUCGACUUUCAAGGACUGACAUUCUACAUCUUCUAAAAAAUGUACGGACAUUUAUGUUGCAGUCAAAGUUCCUGAACUUUGACUGCACAUAUAACAUGUCAGAUGAUGACUUCCACACAUUGACUGGAAUUUCAAAAGGCCAGUUUGAAGAUUUGGUAAAACAUGUUGAUAAACUUCGUGAUACAGAAGUUCGUACUGCAAGAAAUUGCAUCGGUAUAUUUUUGGUCAAGUUGAGAACAGGCUUGUCAAACAAGCUUCUGUCAGUACUCUUCGGAAUUACACCUGCUCAAAUACAAAGGUCUAUUACAUCAGCAAGGUUAGAUCUAAUGGAGUCCUUUGUUCCAGAAAACAUUGGUUUUGAGCAUAUCUCACAUUCACAAUUUUGUGAAAAUCAUACUACACCUAUUGCGAAGGAACUUUUUACAAAUGCAGAUGAUCAAGCAGUACUUGUUAUGGAUGGCACUUAUAUUUAUGUUCAAAAAAGCUCGAAUUAUGAAUUUCAACGUAGAUCGUACUCGAUGCAUAAACACAGGCCUUUAGUGAAACCAAUGGUAAUAGUUGGCACAGAUGGUUAUAUCUUAGCAAUUCUGGGCCCCUACUUUUCAGAUGGAAAAAACAAUGAUGCCAGUAUAACUAAACACAUGAUGGCAACUAAUGAAGGAAAUAUUGAUGAUUGGGUGAAAGAAAAUGACACAUGUAUUGUUGACAGAGGUUUUAGGGACAGUAUAGAAUUUCUGGAGGAGAGAGGUAUUCAAGUGCAUAUGCCAAGUUUUUUAAAGAAGGGGCAAAAACAGCACAGUUGCGAAGAAGCAAAUCAAAAUCGGCUUAUAACAAAGGUGAGAUGGGUGGUUGAAAGUGCCAAUGGCAGACUUAAACAAUUCAAACUUUUGGAUAAAGUAAUAAGCAAUAACACAAUUCCUUUCAUAACAGAUUAUUUGCAAAUUACUGGUGCAUUGAUUAACAAAUAUAGAAGACCUUUCAGCCAAGACCAACCAGAAUCUGCAGAUAUUGCGCGAAAAAUGUUAAUUCGUUCUAGAAGAAGUAAUGACCUGUUGGAACGUCUUCAGGAAACUGGAAUGCUUACCAAAAGGGUUGUUUAUUCUUUGGUAGAAUCAAAAGAUGAAUGUCUAGACUGCUUUCCUAGAAUUACUUAUGACCAGCUAAGGGACAUUACACUAGGUGUGUACCAAUUGAAGCAAGCCCCUUACUACACAAGAGAACAUAUGGAAGAUGGAGAUUAUCUACUGUACGUGCAUAAGGAAGAGAAAGAACUACUGAAGUUUAAAAUACAAUCCAGGCAUUCCAACAGUAUGGAACACUCCUUGUGGAUACUGUUCGAACCAAAUCCAGAUGACCCUAUUCAAGGAUGGUAUUGCACAUGCAAAGUUGGUGCAAGGGUAGUAGGGUGUUGUGCACAUGUUGCGAGUGUCAUUUGGUACCUGGGCUAUUUUCGAUUCAGAAGUUUAGAAAUUCCCGGGAGAAAUUAUUCUCUUCUUGAUGCUGGUAAUAUUCCUGAAGAUGAGUCCGAAUCAGAUAUAUCGAGCGAAGAAGAAACAGGAUCAGGGGAAGAGGAGUGAAGAACGAGAAUUUUCGAGAAAUUCUUACCGCCUAGCUAACUGGAAGACUUGACAGAAGUUUGGUAUCAAUGUUCAUUUUCAUAUACAGAAAUUAUAUAUUUACACGCAUCAAAUCUAGGAUAUUUCUGAAAAAUGUAAGAGUUCUAUAGACUACUUCAAACAGGUCAUUACUUCUUCUGUCUUGAGAAGAAUUAGCUUUUUACAUUGUACUUUUAGGUCUGAUUAAUACAAUAGGGUUAUUACAAUAGUAACU